AAAUAUUUUAUUCCAAAAACUACACUACCCACUGGAACAAGAGUAUGGUUUAAAAAAGAUUAGCUAAGGUCAAAAAAUAAAUGUUCAAGCUUGCAUGUUUUGACAAGGACCACAUCUGGCUAAAUAUGCUUCAAAGGCAGGGAAUUUAUAAAAUUAAAAAAAUGAUGACAUUUCUAUUUUUGCUUUUCCUUUGGCCACUGUGAUCAGUUUUUGCCAUAUAGUUGCAUGUAAUGUUUUACACCUUUGGACAUCAACCUGCCAGGUUAGUUUGUGUCUGUGUAAAAAUGUAGUUUACUGUUAAUUACGUCAAAGUAAACCCUCUCAACUUAAAAAUUGCCUUGUAUUAGUGGAUAUUGAAAACACAAUAGGAUGGUUUGGAAAAAAAAUGUAAAAUGAUUAUGAAGAUAAUAUUAUUUGCAGUCAACAAUAACAGUUAGAAACUUGUGGAGAGGCUGGCAAAAAUAUUUUUCAGAGACCAUAUACCUUCACUGACAUCGCUGUUACAGCAAGUGGUAAAAGGGAAUUAAAAUGUGACAUCACCUCCCUGGGCUUACACUGAAAGAGAGUAUGGGUGGUCGGACACAUUGUGCAUUUCCCUACCCUUUUUAAACCAAGAGACCCUAUUUUAUAAUCCUGAUUCAUUUCCUUUUUAAUUAGCAUACAGAAUUAAGGUAGCUUUUAAACUUAGAAACAUGGCAAAACUUGGGGGGAAAAAUGGUGGUACCAAUAGACUGUACUCUAUAGGCCGCUUCUUCUUCAACCUUCACAACCAAACAGACACUUUGUUCAAAACUCUAAAGGGUGAAAUGGUCACCACCCUAAACCCAUCUAGGCCAAAUAAGCCAAGGGUAGUAUUAAACGUAGAAACAACUGCUGAGAGGAUGGGGUUCGAGCCCAACAAUAACUUCUUUUGAUGGUUGAUAAAAAAUAAAUUUUACCUUGUAUAAUUUAGUUGUAAAUCAGAUUCAUAACUUACACAAACCAUAAACUUAAGUUGUAUAUUUUUCAAGCCUCUUCUGAUUCUCUUUAUAAACUUUGCAAAACAUUCAGGUUUUUUUGGUGUUUCUUUUACUUCAGUCCUUUGAGGGAUUUUCUCAACGCAUACUCUUUCCUGAUGUACUCACCCUUAUUAGCAACUGAAUUAGCCUCUUGUUCUUACACUAAACCACUAUAAUCAUUUCAAGUAUAAUUCAUGACUAAAGGGUAAUUUUUGUACCAACAAUUUCAAGGAAAUACUUGAAACCGAAGUCACUAUCUAACACAAAACUACUAAAUACAGUAUUGCUGUUGGAAAUUUAUUGAUUAUCACUCCAAUGACAUUCCAGUGAAGGCUUUGAAGGUUCAGUAAACCCCUCCCAACCUUCUGAUAUUAAAAAUGGCUUACAUGUGAAGCAAAGUGAUUGGAACAUUUACCCUGAUUUUUAUUAAACUGGCCCUGUAUUCUGUAUUUACACCUAUAAAUAUUUGUUGUUCCUCCCGGUGUACAAACAAACUUACGAACAGUGAAGUAGAAAAUCAGUGGUUUAAUGAACAUUCAGGUAGGACUGUUGCAAGACUCAUACCGAUAUAUCGUGCUCGUAAUAUAUGUUUAAGAUAAGGAGGAGAGUCUUAAUACCACUGUAAGUGGAAAAAUAUAAGAGAUGGAGCAAGAUGGUCGCUCGAAAAUUCACGAAGAUUAAUAAUAACUGAACUUGCCGAGAUCCCGAAUCACGAUAAGUGAAGUCACCCAUGAACUGUUCAUAGAUCACGCCUUCUGAUGUCCAAAAGGUCCAUUAGAAAAGUCCAUAGAAACCUUUUCUUGAUAUUUGUACGCGGGAAAACUUAAAACUGAGCAAAAACUCAUCGUCCUUCCAUGUCUGUAUUCUCCGCCAUAUUUGUUUUCAAGGAAAAUUUGUUCUCAGUCUCACUCGGCCGAAUUUCUUAACUGGGGCGAUCAUGUAAACUCGGUUCCAGACCUCGCUGCCAGCCCCCCCUGGUUCAUACCUUUAAACGCGAGGCUGUACAAUUUUUUGUCGCUAAAAACCUUGCCGUAAAUCACUUACCGCUGCAAGCCCUUCCUGCGGUUCAAACAUGAACUGCAAACUGCAAACGUGACCGCAAGGCCGUGGUCACAUGAGAUUUUGUGGUUUGCGGUUCGCAGUUUCCCAUGAAAAACGUGAUGCUAAAGGUCUCUAAUGUUACAAAAAGAAUAUCUCAAUUUUGGGUUUUGUUACUCCGGGGGAAUCAAAAGGAGACCUGUACAGUACCGCAAAUGAUCCCCAACCGCAAAUGAUCCCGAGACCGCAAAUGAUCCCCAAAGUGGACCGCAAAUGAUCCUCGACCGCAAGUGAUCCCCAGAGUCGACCGCAAAUGAUCCCGAAAGAAAAAUAGGAAUGGCUUGGACUCAAGUUAGCGGAUCAUCGUGUCGACUUUAUUAUUAUUACAAUGAGUCAGAUUGAAAGCUAAAUUUUACUUCUCAAAUAAAUAUAUGAAUAAAAAAAAAAUCAUUCAAGAGUAAAAACGAAGUCAGGCGCCAGCUACUCAAUGACUUCAGUCAAUUUGCCAGAAGAAUGCGCCUUAAAUACAUAUUUCACAGUACAGAUAAAGAACCUCAUCCUUUCCACGUUAAGUCAGACUGGGACCCACCAGUCCAGCCCUCAGUUGCUCUUGAGACCUUCCUAGAAGAAGUCAAAUUUGAGCUUGCUAGUAUCAAAUUGAACAGGCGAAAGACAACCUGUCACAGGGGGGAGCGAAAAGCUCUAAAAGAACUAUCGCGUGACAAGAACAUUGUGAUAAAAAAAAAGCCGAUAAAGGGAACCACAACCGUCAUAAUGAACAGAACAGAUAAACUUAACGAGGGUCAAGUCCAAAUUGACGAUAUACAUAACUACCGACCCUUAGAAAACCCUAUGGUUGUCACCACAGCCAAAAAGGUUCACCGACUGAUUCAAUCACUACUUCAAGAAGGCCACAUAGACGACAUGACGGCUAAAUGGCUUUCCCUUACACCCGAUCCUCCACGAAUACCAGUAUUUUACACACUCACAAAGAUUCACAAACCGACACCUGUCGGUAGACCUAUCAUAUCAGGGUGUGACGGCCCUACAGAAAGAAUUGCAGCUUUUGUUGACCACCUCAUUCAGCCAAUAGCACAAAAAGAAGCCUCGUAUCUCAAAGAUACAACAGACUUUCUUAAUUUCAUCGAGAAGACUAAACUGCCUAAAAGUACAAUUCUUGUCUCAAUGGACGUCACCAGUCUCUACACGAACAUACCCCAGGAGGAGGGUAUUACCACUGUAUGCGGAGCAUACAAAGAAUUCUAUGCGGAAAACCCUCCCAUUCCUACCAGGUAUUUAAGAGAAAUGCUAAGUCUGAUUCUACAAGAAAACUCGUUCCAAUUCAAUGGAAAAGAUUACCUUCAAACUCAUGGAACAGCCAUGGGAACGAAAAUGGCCGUAGCUUUUGCUAACAUAUUUAUGGCCAAAAUAGAAAAAGAAAUACUCAGACAAAGCACCACAAAACCAAUUUUUUGGAAAAGAUUCAUAGAUGACGUCAUAUCUAUGUGGAACACAAGCAGAGACAAAAUAGAGGAUUUCCUUGUGAAGGCAAACAGUUUUCACCCAACGAUCAAAUUCACGGCUGAAAUCUCAGAAACAGAAACCACAUUCUUAGACACGAAAGUGUACAAAGGUGACAGAUUCAAAAAGGAAUCUAUUCUUGACGUGCGAACGCAUUUCAAAGCUACAGAAACCUUUCAAUACACGAAUUUCUAUUCGUGUCACCCACCAGGCGUCACGAAAGGCUUUAUAAAAGGAGAAGCGUUAAGGCUUCUGAGAACAAAUUCCUCUCAAUUUACUUUUGAGGAAAACAUGAGUAAUUUCAGAACACGCCUGCAGAAUAGAGAUUACCCAGCUAGAAUUGUAGAAAAACACCUUUCAAAGAUUAAAUUCUCUGAUAGAGAAAUGUCGCUAGCGCAGAAAAACAAAACCGCACCUAAGAAAAUACUGCCCUUUGUAACACAAUACCAUCCGGCUUUGCCUAACCUAAAGGACACACUCAUGGGGAAAUGGCACCUUAUAGAAAACCAACCGCAACUGAGAGAAAUCUUUAAGGAGCCCCCCAUCAUCUCAUACCGUAAGGGAAAAUCCCUAAAGGACAUCCUAGUUAAAGCUAAGCUAUGAAGGCUUUAUUAGAAUUUAUUCAUCCGCGAACUGCAGGAGUCGUGUAGGCUUGUCAACACUUUUAUCACUAUCAGUAAAGUCAAUAAAGCUCUUGUUAUGUAGAGGGUGCCCGGCUUUGUAUUCCUCAGUAGAAAAGUUGAGCUUCUAGGCGUUAAAAUAAUAGAGUUUUUUCUGCGUAACGUCCUGCCUGUCUUAAAUUUUUCAAAAGACGAAACAUUCUUGAAAGAAAAUUGAAGCAAUCGACAAAGGAAGAAGUAUACGGUUAAUACCAUUCCUUUUCAGAUUUAUUCCACUUUUUUUUCGCCUUGUAUAAAUUGACCUGAGAUGUAGCGUCCUCCUUCCCUUUUUCUUUAAAUUCUUUAAAAGGCGAGAGAAAAAGUUUUCUUUUUUAUUAUCAGUCCUUUUUUGUAAUCAGUCCCAUAAAAUCCAUUCCAUUCCUCAAGUUUUCACGGGAUCAUUUGCGGUCGACUUUAGGGAUCACUUGCGGUCGAGGAUCAUUUGCGGUCCAUUUUGGGGAUCAUUUGCGGUCUCGGGAUCAUUUGCGGUUGGGGAUCAUUUCCGGUACUGUACAGACCAUUUUCCUCUUUUGUAGCUUCAAGAUAAUGCCAUUGUAGCACCUCUGGUAGUAUACAAAGAGAUAGUUUCUUCUUUGGAAAAAUGGAUUGAAGAUCCAGAGGCCUCUACUGAACCUUAUACUGCUAUGCGGCGUGCAUAUCCAUCUGGUCAAUCCUAUGCUGCAAACAAGAAUGAAGCCUCAAGCGACAGGUUGGUUGUUUGUGUGAUGUCAGGGAUGCUAUCAGAGGCAGUUGUCUUUUUUACAUCUCAACUAUUUUGUUAUUGUGUGUUGCACCACUAGUUUCCUUUUUUUUUCUCCAUGGCACAAGACAUACGAUAGCUAACUAAGCACAGAGUAGCAAAACUGAAGUUGUUUGGACUAGUGGGUUCGGCACUUUCUUGACCUAGAAACUGGAAGCCAAGAAAGUGAAUUCACAGUGAAUCUGUGAUUGGCCAAUUGGCCUCUACAUUUUUGUAUGGUGAGACCUAGACUGCCACCAUUUUUAAUCCUUUAUUUACUCCCACAAGCGUACACCAUUUUGAUUUCUCUGUUUUGAUUUUGUGGAUGUGAAUACACCGUAUUCACAAAUGGCGGACACGCAGGAAAAAACUGGUGCCUAGUCAUGAAAGCGAGGCGUUGGAGGAUAAACAAAAAUUGCAAAUGAAGACUUUCAGUGAACUUGCAGAGUGUUUAGUACGGAUUCCACCUAAAAUAACUUUGUACGGACUUCUUUUUGAAUACAAUUACGUGGGAUGUCUUCUGCUUUUAAUGUUUAGUAGCUAUUUGCUGUUUGCAAUCAAAAGGGAUGCGUAUUUCUUCAGGAAACAAGAUGAUUUUGUAGGCUUCCGAAGCAUCAGAAGCUCGAAGAGUAGGCGAUCGCUGGAGAAAAGCGGUAAACAUGUUGGCCCAAACUUCACACUGAAACCGAAUACGAAAGCCAGAUCACUACAAUUCUGUAUUGGAUCAGAUUAAUUCCCUCGCUUUGGAGGGAAUUGUUGGAGGUACGUUGGCAGAGCUUAGCAAAAAUCUCAUGAUUUCUCUGUCGUUGCGAAAUAAUUAAAAAUAAUUUUAUCAAAAUUAGAAGCUGUAGUGUGUGAAUCUUAUGGCUUGCUAUUUACCUGGUUUCUUUUAGGGCAUUAUCUCAUAGAGCUGUUGGUAAAAAAGUGGUAUAAAGCGUACAUUUUACUAGGUUAAAAUUUUAAGGCAAUGUUUUUGUCAGGACUGAACACGGCAAGCUUCCUUUUCGAAUAAUUGAAUUCGAGUCUGGAUCAGUUUAAGAAGACCAUCAUUUUAUUUAUUUAUGUAUUCUUCAACUUUGAAAUAUUAUGAAACAUAAAGUUAAAACUCUUAACAGCCAAAGGUAAGAAAUACAAAAUUACUCGCUGAAAUGAUAUGUGGCCGGCUUACCGAGUCUGCCGAGUAACAAGUAGAAAUUUUGAGCGUACUCCUCUCGAUCGCUCCUGCACAUUAAAAAUAAAUUACCGAAAAACCGCUUGAAAAAAAGGUCAAUCCCGCUGUCUAAUUGAUGUCCUUCAUUGAUAAAGACCAGAGAAUAACGUCCUGGCAAACAAAAACCAAACAUAACUUCAUCAAAACCUCAGUCACCUCUUCUUUCCUGUCUUCCUUUUUUCCAUCUCGACUUGAACUGUUUUGUUCAACGGCAGACGCCUCCUGCGUUAACAGUUGCAAGUAGGCCAUAUAUCUGUCGCUUAUUUCUUUUUUUCUUGCCACCAAGAUUUGUUUAUAUUUCAGUUUCACCGAAUUUCAGUGAGCUGGCUUUCGUACUCGGUUUCAAUGUGAAGUUUGGGUCAACAUGUUUGCCGCUUUUCUCCAGCCAUCGUCCACUUGUCGAGCUUCUGAUGCUUCGGAAACCUACAAAAUCAUUCUGUUUCCUUGAAGAUAUACGCGUCCCCUUGAUUGCAAACAGCAAAUCGCUACUAAACAUUAAAAGCAGAAGACAUUCCACGUAAUUGUAUUUAUAAAGAAGUCCGUAGAAAGUUAUUUCCGGUGGAAUCCGUGCUAAACACUCUGCAAGUUCACUGAAAGUCUUCAUUUGCAAUUUUUGUUUAUCCUCCAACGCCUCGCUUUCAUGACUAGGCACCAGUGUUUUCCCACGUGUCCGCCAUUUGUGAAUACGGUGUAUUGAUGUGUAGUUUUUGACUUGGUACAAACCAGUCUUAUAAAUCAUGAUAUUUUGUAGUGUGAAGAAUGAGGCUCCUAGAAAAGUGUGCAAGUACAUAGGGACUCCUAAAGGGUGUUUCAGUGGUGUCAAUUGUAAGUUUCUACACCCAGAAGGCUCCAUGCCUGUGCAUGAAGGUUCUCAGCAAACAGCACCUCAAUCAGUAAAACCUGUUCCAGCUGCUACCUUGCAGACAUUGCAACAAAACACCAAUAGUUCUGCAGGUUGGUAUAAUAGUUUCAUUGCAUCCAGCUGUUUAUUGCUAGAAAUUGUCCAAUAUUGGUGACCUUCUCCAGGUUUUACACAUUAAUGCUUUUUCUGUAAACAUAAUUAUGAAAACUGAUGGCUUAGAACCAAAUAGUAAAUGAUUCUGUGAAACUGGAGACUCAACUUUUUAAAGUUGUUUUUGCUUCAAAACAUUACUGUACUGUAAAGUUCUGAAAAUAAGCCCUGGUGCUUAUAUUUUUUAAAAGCCCUUUUUUUAGGGGCUUAUUUUUGGAGGGCUUAUCUAUGAAGGGAAAUUUGCAUUUCAAAAUCGGUUGGGCUAGCCUUAUAGUUGGAAGUAAAUUUACCGUUUUUGCUUUGUUUUACUUUGUAUUUGAGGGCAAUUUUCCAAGUACAAGCCCUCGUGGGGCUUAUAUUUGGAAGGGUGAUUGAAUGGAGGGUUUUUUACAUCUAUUGUCCUGGCUGUCAUGCAGAGGAAUGAGCAAAGUAGCCAGGCCAUUUCCCUUUAUUGUUGAGCUAUUUUGAAAAGAUAGAUCAUAUGUCAGUCAUGUGAGCGUAUGUAUCUUUGUGGCUUUGUAUCUUUGUAUGUUGGGAUGUUUGUUGCAAGAGCCAAUAAGGGUUAAGGUACUAUGAGUUGAUGCUUAGGAACCAAUGAGAUUUUGGCAUCUAUUUAAACAUGGCAUUGGUAAAGGUCGAACAAGGUCGCUUUGAGACCGCCAUCAGGCAUCUUGAUUCUUCACAAUUUUUUCUUCUUUUAUUACGGCUACGGGUGUUUGGAAACAUUAUAUUAAAUAUCUUCAUGAUUCAAACGCUGUUUACAUACAGUGAUGCAGCUGUUUAAGGGUUCAUAUUUUAGUGUGGAUGCUAUUUCAAGACAUUUCUGACCGAAUUCGGCUGUCGCAAACGGUACUGACGCACAUUUUACGUCGUUUUAAUGAGUUGUGUUUCACCUGCUUCAAGGUAGAGUAUAACAGAUCAUAUAUUUUCAAAGCUCUUCCAGGGAAGCAAUAAUUGAUAUUUCGAUAUGGACUUUAAUUUGAAAGUAUGCGGCCUAUAAAAUGUGGUUUUACAAGUUUGAAAGGCAGCUUAUUUUUUUAAAGCUGUACCGAGUAUUGUUAAUCCUUUAAAGAAACUUUGGAAAUAUUAUUCUCUCUCUUACAAAGUUCAACAGACCUUUUCCGUUCCGGCAAAACAAAAAAAUAAUAAUAAGUGAACAACAUGAUACAUCCUUCCUGCAUACUAAGCAUUAUAGUUAUUGAAACGUAUUUUAUUUAGUAAAGAUGAGUAACUUAAGUAGAAGCAGUAGCGUUACGGAAUAAAAUUGGAAGAAGCUAGUUGACACAAUAAUUAGAUACUGUUUUAUUGAAAGGAGUAACAUGAUAUGAGCAGAAGAAUAUUCGGCAGUUUGAUAAUUUUCUUGGAAGUUAAUAAAUGUUAGGCUAUCAUCCUUGACAUGGCAUGAAACAUAAUUUAAUUGCAGAUGUUGUAAUGAAGCUGAGGUGAUUUCUUAAAAUCGUUGAGGACAUUUUGUAGUAAACAAUUUGCGUUUUUUUACGUACGAAUUGUAAAAGGGCCAAAGACUAACAUCUUCACGUGCAAAUUGUGUGCAUGAGUUAUUUUUAUAAUUCUGUUUACUAGAUUACCGUGUGAUAACUCAAAUUUCCACACGUACGAAGCACGAAAGGGGGCAAAGUCCAACACUUUCACGUGCCAGUUGUGUGACUGUACAUCUCAUGCAGAUUGGCUUUUCACAAUAAUAAUAGUAACUUGAACGGAUGAAUACCUGUUUCAUUUUGUAACCAAUACCUUAAAAAAGGCUCUUGUCUUUUAAGAAGCAAUAGCUUUUAAAACAUGAAGAAAUAAGUUGUCGGAGUUAAGGACUGUUUCACUGAGUAGAAUCGCAUGUGAAAACCUCAUGAAUUGUGAUGAUGCAACCAUCUACCACAAUAAGAAUCCUGGUAUUUCGUAACCACUCGAAUUCGAUGAGUCACAUUUUGGCUUAAAAACUCCGAGGAAACCUUAGAGUUUCCCUUUUAAUCAACGUUUGGUGAGUAGAUAUUUAUUUUACUUAAAUAAUUUGUUUAAAUUGCACCAAAUGUAACAGGGAAAGACAGAGGAAAGUGAAUAUGUAGCACGAGGAUCGACGCAGCUGAGCGUUUCCCGUUUCAUUUAUGUACAGCAAUACCCAAUUUCGCACAAAAACCCAGUCUACAUUUAGGACAAAAAAGGUAGAUUCAUCACUCUUGGUAAGGUUACACUGAAGCAUUGAAGUUACACUGAAGCAUUCAAAAUAGCUCGUGCACGUUUAACAUGCCUAUGUUGUUGUUAAUUCAUUGUUUCUACCAAAGCACCUGUAGCUUGCAUUUCUCAUAGGCAUGGAUAAUUUUGGCCCCUAGCCCUUACGCCUGUCCAAAUGCAGCACCUCUGUUUUUAUAGAAAAGAAUAAAAACUGAAAAUUGAGUACUUGAUCAGGGUGUAAAGAAAGUCAGUUUUACUGCCUGCCAUUCAGGCAAGCCCUAGCCAAUAUGUACUAGCCCACUCAUCAUUUCAACUAACCCCAAAACCCUUUUUGAUUAGCAGGAUUGAUUACAAUCAAUCCUUCCGUAAUUUGAAUUUCCCCCAAAAACAGCACUUGUCCGUUGGGCAAGUUAAGAGCAAAAAUCACUAGCCCAGUAGCAAAAUCCACUAGCCCCAGGCUAUCGGACACAACUUCCUUUGCACUCUGCUUGAUUCACAUUCAUGCUGAACAUUUACUGUCCUUUAUCCUAGGAAAUGUCCCCGUUAUCAAUGCUGCUGCUGAGUCUGAAAUGUCGCCAUUUAUGUUACAGUCCACCAGUGUAAAUCCCUUACCCUUCACUAUUAAUUUGGGUAGUGUCCAAGGCACUAGCACUGAGCAAUCCCAUUGCAGGUAGGGCAAUUAACAAUACUAAGGUUUACUAAGAUCUUUAGGAACUGGUGAUGGCCUCCCUGACUAUACUCUUGAUUGUGUCAUCAAGGAUUGUGGAGGAGUUGACAUCCAAUGUGUGGCCUAAACAGUUCAGGUGUUUCUUCAAAAGGUGUAGCUGUCUCCCCAAUGUAGAAAAUCAUCACAGCCCAAGCACUGUAUUUUGUUAGUCAACCGACAUUUUUUCCCCUGGUGGUGAAUCUUUGGGGUUAACCAAAUGUUGCGUGUUGUUGAAAGGCUUGUGGUAGGUGUCAAAUCUUUUAUUAAGUGCUUCUCUGAAACCCCACAUACAUAGGAAAGCGUGAUGCUGUUGGUGAAAAUGACUUUGCUCUUUGUACCAGAGGUGUUUGCUGUAUUUAGAGGGUUUCUACACAUCCAUGGUUUAUAGCUAUCAACUUUAAUGACUGAUUUUGAUGAAAAUGCAAGUAUCUAAGAGGGGUAGCUUUCCAUUGGAUUCCAUUUCCUGGUGAAACUGAAUGUACAGGGUGGGUCCCUGGAGUUUAAGUACCUCGUGAACUUCUCUAUGUCAUAUUCGUGAAUCUGGGAGAAGGUGUCGUCCACGAACGUAAACCAGAUUUCGGGUCGUCUGGGGCAGGUGGACGAUGCUUGUCUUCAAAUGUACAGGGGCCUGUUCCUCAAAAGGCUUAGCAAUUUUUCAGGCCCAAAGGCAAAUUUUAAACUCCAAACCUGUUGAAAAGUUGCACAGUUCCUAGCUCACAAACCACUCAAUUUUGCUUUGUUAACUGAUAGUUCCAUUGAAUCAUUGUCAAACUUAUAUUAACCUUGAUGUUGAAUACCAACACAACAAACAUAAAACAGCUUUCCAGGCCUGAAACGUUUCCAGGACUUUUGAGAAAGGGGCCCUAGGUUUGCAAUUGUGGGGGAUGCUGGUGAUCCCAUCACACAUCCCUGAACCUGAAAAGAGAAAGUUCCCCUGUAAACAAAGUAGGUGACAGAUAAUACAAACUUCUGCAGUGUGACAGCUUGCUAUAGUCUUCUAGCCUUGUGUGUAUUAGCUUAAAAUUGACUUCUUCGACCAAGACAAGUUGUCAUAUGGCCAUACUUCCCCUCUUUUGCCAGUUGAAAAUGUUUUAUUUUCUAGGUCGAUGAUAAUUUGUUGUAUUUUUGCUCUGCCAGCAUGAAAUCACAGAAACAGAGCCAAGCCACUCAACUUUGCAAGUUUUUUAAUACCCAUCAAUGGUGUCGUUGGGGUGACAACUGCCGAUUUAUCCAUCAUACAAGCAGUGUGGCCAUGGAAGCAGACUCAAAUACUGUCGUACCAGGUAAAAAAUAUCUUUGACAGUUAGAUCCUGGGUAUGGGGCAAAUAACUGUAACUAAAUAAAACUCUGUGUAACCCCAAGGUGUUUAUCACUCUUUUGUAAUAUGUGUCUAACGGGGAAAGCUCCCUGGUUGGAUCACUCACUCACAUCAAUAUUUUUUAACUAAGUAACGAAAUUGUUGACUUAAAGAACCAAAAACUACUACUGAUAGGUCUAUGAACUGCUAUUCAUCCUCUUUUAGUUGUAAUUAAAGCGAACCAUAAAUGCUUUAGUUUGGCAGAGUAAAAAGAAAGGUGUGAAAAAACAACAAAAACAAAAACAAAUGUGGCCAAAAAAUAGUGGUGCAGGUGCUGCUUAAAAGCAAUUAAUUUGGUUGAAGCAUCUAAACCAAAUAUGCCUCAUUGUUCAUUGAGUAAUGUCUAGUGUUUAUGACAGUUUGUAAUUUGUUUUGUUGUGACUUUCUACAACAGAACUUCCACCUGUACGAAGCACUGAAGCGAGAGUAAGCAAGAACCACACUGGAAACCCUUUUGUGCUAAGAUCUUUGUCAUCCACUUCGACUUUUGCAAGUGAAAAUCGUUUGUUUGGAUUUGCAAAUAAUUGGCAACCCCCCUCGUCAGGAUUUCAACCAGCUGCACCUGUCACCCCAACUGUGCACAGUGCUGCAGCUAAGCCUGUAACAGCUUCAAACCAUUUCCAACUGGUUGAUGGUAGUCAGCUGGUGGGGAAAAACCCAUUUUCUCCAAACUUUUCUGGAAGAACACAAAGUUUGGAUGGCUUGAGGGAGCAUAAGGCAACUGAACAUAAUCAACAAGCUCAUUCUGCGCCAGUUGUGCCAGAAAGGCCUGGAAUCAGCCACUUCCGUUUUCCUUCAAAGAAGAGCAUUGAGUUUUACUUACCCAGGAUACAGGUAGGGUCUGGGAGAAUACUUGCCUGAAUUUCAGCCGCCUCGUUGCUCUUGGGAGAGAGUGGGAGCUUUUGCAAUGAUGGCGGUGACAGUGACAAGAGCAUCAAAAAAGCAAUAGCAAUUUUUUACACAUGGAUAUGAUCAUACUUUUUUGUACAUUUCUUUACCGUCACUCCACAAUGCCUAAUUUCACGUUUUAUUUAGAGUGUAAACAAGCGGGAACAAAUUUAUUUUCCUCUCUCGUUCUAAACUUGAAUGUGGUCACCUGUUGAAUUAAAUUCAAGGGAACUUUGCCUACCUUUGACAUUUUCGGUGAAUUGUGAUAAAUGGUGGAAAGUUCGACAAAAAGUGGCAUUUUCGCUGCCAUUGCCAUUGUUGGUGCUAAAGCUCCCUAGUCAAGUGAGGUGAGGAGGCAAAUGAAUGCCAUCCCCUAAAAUAUAUAUAUAUAUAUAUAUAUUUUAAGAGAACAAGAGAUAAUUGAAAUGCUCAAUUACUAAACCGGGGAAUUUGGUUGCCCUUAUAAAUCCUUGCUUGCCUCUGAAAAACACCUUAGUCACUUAUUUAUUACUAUACUUUAAAAGUUUCUUCAUUUUAGUAAAUUGGGUUUAAGUCAAUCCAAGAGUUUACACCUAGUGACAUAGACUUAAGAAAUAAUGGCCGAAAAUGUAACUGACCUUAAACUUUGACCUUAAAUUUCCAAAUUAUAUUUGUUGAGGCAAAAAAACAUUGCUGGGGUUUCCACUGCUUCUUCCUCAGGAAACCAUACCUUAACUGAAUAAUUUUCUUGGACCACUUUGUGUCAGCUAAUUUUGAAGACUGCCAAUUUAGUAUUGAUGUUAAAGCUCAUAAAUGUCUUAAUUCUUCACAGUUUGCGAGUCAACAAAAUAGUUGGGAAGACCUUGGAUAUGUCUACGUCAGCAUGAAGAAAGAAGCUGUGGAGAUAAAUAACAGUGUCAUUGAAUGCUUUUAUCAAUCAUUCCAAACUUUCUGUGCAGCAGACACCAUUGGGCAGUCUUUUGAGACAUUUACUGAAAGAAUAGAAAGAAAUCUGAAGGAAACAAUGGCUGAACUAGAUAAAGUUGACAAGGAAUUCAUUGGUCAGAUAGGUGUUGCUUUAAUGUACUUCUGUUAUAGAAGCAAGCAUUUUAUUCAGGGCCGUCAAAUUCUGUACCUCCUUCAUAAGUUAGGUAUUGACUACUAUCUGUAUAGUGGCGAGUUUGGUCUGCAGCAAAGGCCGUUGACAGCUACAGAGGUAGUACUGACUGCAGUUGAUAUUUGCUUGAAUCUUGAGAAACCAGCUUACGAUGAUGCUCUGGUGGUUCUCCAGAGCACAAACCUUGCACUUUCUUAUUAUGAAAGAGAAACUGUAUUGACCACUGAGGAGGCAGACUGGAAAAGACGUGUUUUCCUGUGUUUGUGCAAGAAAUUUAUGGAUGACAAGCAAUUACACAUUGUGAAGGAAUUGCUCUCUCAAGUUGGGAACAUUGAUGUAUUUGGUAGAGAUGUGGUAAACGUCCUUUACAAUGAAUUAGUUGUCGCCUUGAUCAACAAUAAUGAACCACAUGUCACUACAGAAGUUGUUAAAAUAAUGGGUGCAAAUUCAAUUUUAGUAGAUCCAGAAACAACAAGAGCUCUUGUGAGGGGUUUUGGAGCUGCAGGAUUUGGAGCACAAGCAAGGCAACACUUCUCGAAUGGUUGCGAUGCGGGUGUUUAUCCAGACUCCUUCAAAAUAGAUGAUCCAUGGACAGUGGUCAUUGGAACUAGUUUUUCGGCAGUUGAAAGCCAAUUGUAUAUUGCAAGACAUUUGGACUUCUUGUACCUCCACAUUGAAAAACUGGCUUGUGCCGCGGGAGAUGCUGUUUUAGAUGACAAGUAUUACAGGCCACUUAAGGUUGUUAUAGAGUCAGAUGAGGAGCAGACUGUGGUUAAUAAGUUCAUGAGAGGUGAUGAGAUCAUCCGCUGUGUUCGAGAAAUGCUUUGUACAGUCUUGGCUAAUGACUUUAACCCUCCUCUUGCAUGCCAUCCGAAAAUGAGGGAUGAGGUAAGAGUUCACUUUGAAGUUGAGUAGGUUUUGGAACAACACUUGCAAUAAGUCCCUUUUUAUGGUGCAGGGGAAAUAGUUGUAUUAUGUUUAUACUUUCAACAUUGAAAUGUGUAAUCAAUUUGUAUGCAUUGUGACGACAUAUUUUCACUCCCAUGUUGUGGCGGUUUCCCUCCAUACUGUUCACCACAAUUUUAAAUGAGAUGUGUCAUCAAAGUCUUUCUCCCAGGGUCUGCUAGGAAAUGUCGGUCUUAAGAUUCCUUUGUCUUCAAGUAUCCGGUAAAAAUUUCCACUUACUGAAUGAUAAAAUAAAUGAUGAUCUGCCUGUUUUAUCACCCUCAAAGCUUUGUACUCUCUUUCCAACAGGAGGUUAUUGUUGAUGCCAUGAGUCUGAAGAGGUGGUUUCGUGCAAACCCUGCUUCUGGACGCGCUAGACGUGGAGACAGAUUACUAUCUCCCCCUAGGGCCCACACUUCAGGGUCAAACCCUUAUCUGCUACCAGGUAUGACUAAUGUAGUGCCUACAGAUGAUCAAAGAGGAGAUCGAAGAGUUUUUGUUGUAUCUGAGGCUGACAGCCUUGCACCUGGCAAGACAAUUGUGCCAGAAGAAGUGCAGCCUGCUACAUUUUUAAGUCAACGCGGUCAACCUUUAACCAGGUAUGAAUAAUAGACCCUGUUUUUUAGAUGUCUUCUAUUUGUAAAUAGUGUGUAAUUAAAGAAAAAAAGGCCCUUGAAAUUUUAUGGUGAUAUAAACCAUAUUCUUCUGAUUGGCCUGUAUUACAUUUAUGUGAGCAGUAUGUUGUGCAAGUCUUGCAGUACAUGAAAAAGUGUACAACAGUUCAUGUGAUGUUUAACUAGUUUCUAUCUAGGUGUUAAUUUUUUUCAAUAUUUUUGCAAGAGUAAUGAAAUUAAAUUGCUCAGUCUUGUCUUGUUUAAGCAUCAUACUGUUUCAUUUUUAUUGUCUAAUGAACUGUACUUUUCUAUGUCAAGUGCAUAUAGGAAAGUGUGUAAUAGCUAAUUUGAGAGGCAAGACAAAGUUGCCUUGGAUUCUUACAGAAAGUUAGACUUAAAAACUGAACUUCAAUUUAAAGCUACUGCAAUCCUCUCAAAAGGUUUUGAAAGUGGUAGAUAAGGCGUCUCAAUUCUUAACACUAUUUUGUAAACCCCUUGCACUGCUUCUGUUUUGUAAGAUAGUGGUUCCUUCAAAUGAUCAUUGGUGUGGGCAGUCUGAAGAGCCAUUGCGCUGUUGCUGCAUUCUUUACCAGGCGUUUAUUUGCUUAUCAUCAGGCUUAAAAGUAGAAGUCCAGCACAAAAUGUCAGAAAGUUGAUCGGAGGUGUACCUAAGCUACUGAAAUUGUGCUUUCUACUUGGCCAUUGAUCCAGCUUAUGCAAUUUCUUGUUAAAGGUAGUCUGUGAUGUUCUAUAAGAUCCUUUAUUUUCUGGCUUUUAGGAAAGUAUCAGGCAGGGGCCAUCUAAAGAUAACCAAGACCACCUAACCUUGCCAUUUUACCCAGUUAAAAGGAGGAGGACAAAGGAAACACGAGUCAUUGUUGAUGCAAAUUUGCAGAUGAAAUGAAGUAAAUAAAGCACAUGUUCAAAACCUUCAGCUAGCUGGAUUUGCAACUUGUAAAUGGGACAUGGACUUGUCAGCAAUAUUAUUCAAUAGCCUUCUUCCAAUGCAUAUAAGCUCGCAUUGCUCACAGCGACUUUAAAAUGUUCACCGUUCAUCUUUUGCAGAUUUCUUUUCCUACUAGGCUUUUGCUCUCAAAAGGUGUGACACUCGAUAUGUUGUUCUCAAAUUGAGAAAGCCUAGAUUGGACUGAUGUAGCUUUUGUUUGAUACGUGUGUAAUUCUAUGCAUUAUAAAUGAUUGGUAUUAUACAAUUUCAUAAAAUGUCUUGUUAUAGUUGAUAAGAGGCCAGUCUUUAAGUCUUGCAUUAUUUUUGAAUAAAUUGUUGUUGAUUCUAUAAUCAGUGGAUUUUUUGCAGGCAUAGUUUUACUGGCGAUGGUUGAGCAGAUGAAAAACAUUGCUAUGAGAUUUUAUUAA